AUGCAAGGCUCGAUUUAUAGCUCACCAUUCCCAGCGCUAAACCCACGGGUUAGGUAUAAAACUGCGCUGGAAAGAGCAGGCUUUGACACUAUUCAUAACCGUCCUCAACGCGCUCCAGAGCGCGAGAAACCCUACCUCGCGGGUAGACAUGUUAGUGAAGGCGGUAGUGCAUUAUUUGGAAUGCGUUCAGAGCCGCGGUUGACCCGUACCGAGCCAAAUAGUAAAACUAGAGCAGUGAGUGCUAAGGAGCCUCAUCCGCGCCAUGAUGGUUUUAAAAUGACAGAGUUGCAACAAGAGCUUCCCACAGCUCGACAGCUAAACCAAUUUGGCGAAACUGGACUGUCACAGCGUCCUCCAGUACCGCAAUCGCAAUUUGUGGAACACAACAAUGGUUCUCUUGUGGAUGAACAAGUGUACCGAAACGUUGGUGUCGGAUCUUCAAUCGCGGCCGAGAAUUCCAGCACGCGUAACAAGCGUGAAUCGUCAGUCUUUGAUUUCGAAAAAAAGAGAACUUCGAUCGACCCUGUGGAGAAAAGCUUUUUGCAAUUGACUCAAACCUCGAAUUAUAGCAACGCUUCCUCUCAGGAGCGUGUUUUCACGCCGUACGAGACAGAAUCGACCACUUCCGUCAACGUAAGCGACGAGGAUGAUUUUGAAGAUGCACACAGCCAGCGAGAUCCAACGGAAGAAACUCCAAGUAUGGAUAAAUGGCGCUCCAUAAUGCGUUACAGCGGAGCAACCCAGGAUAACUCGCAAUAUGAGGAACCAGCUCAACUGGAAGGUCCAGAAGGCUAUGAUCUCAAUGCGACGCCCCAUUCCAAAAGACAAUCCGAGUCCAGCAUUAGUUUCACUCCCGUUGCAGAACUGCACGUAAAUUUAUCGCCUCAAAAGACCUCUGAACCUGCGCUCAUGUCACUCCCUGUGAUUAGUGUAUCAGCCGAUGAACAAGAGGAAACUUUGCCGCCUUUACCCGCGGUCGUAUUCAAACCUGACUCCCGCACUACAACAAAAGAGGUCGAUACUGCUGUAUCGGAUCAUGAGGAAACAAUUGAACCUUUGAAACCUUUGAAUAUCAAAUCCAAAUCUGUUCAACAUCAACCUUCGCAGUCCCAUGAGCAAGAGGUAUCGCAGCAUGCUUUGAACUAUAGUGGAUACAAACUUCAGGACAAUAUACAGAUAGACGAGAACGAAAUUGAACCAGAAGAAGCGGAAGAAACCUUGGAUGACUUCGAUCCUUCUUCCACUCUGAAAUCGUCACUACAAGUGGAAAAGCUGCUUGCCCAGCUAGAUGACAUCUCUACCAAUCGAAACCUCGCAGUGGGGAGUCCGCGCCCGAAUUUGACCAGUCGCUUCAAAAAAUCAAGCGCAUAUCUCUCUGGCUUCAUUCCAGCUGCAACAGAGGUAGACACCGCAGUUGAAGACUCAUUGCAGCCCAACGCCAUUUUGCAAAACGAUACACAAAGUUUUGAUGUGACGGACUACAAACCGCAAAGCAUACGCCUAGCAAAUGACGCUGUUGAAGCUCUGAAGGAUGAAUUAUCCACGGACUCUGAUGGCUCACCUAAGUUUUUCAAGUUCCGACAGGACCUUGGAGCUCUUCAGAAACAUUCGAGCGACACCGGGGCCACAGGAAGUUACUCCGGAAUAGACAAUUCGGAUAGUUUAAUGCCUUCCGAAAGACUAAAGCACUCUUCGAACAAUACCAUUUCACUCCGGGAGCGUACCGCGAUUCCAACAUCGGUAUUGCGCCAGGUGGACGAAAACAAAAACGACCACCCCUCAGAUACUGGCAUGGCAGAUGGUACAGACCACACCGAGUCUAGCAUACCGCACAAAUAUCCACCUGGUCAGGGCCCAUGUCGCGCGUGUGGCCUAGAAGUGACUUCCAAAAGCAUUUACUCGAAAAAAGAAGACGAGCUGUCCGGUCAGUGGCAUCGUGGGUGCUUCAGCUGCAUCAAGUGCGAUGUCAAGUUUUCCAAACGCGUUCCGUGUUUCAUUUUAGACGAUCAGCCCUACUGCCAAAUGCAUUUCCACAUCGCGAACAAUAGUAUCUGUCAGAUCUGUCACCAGUUCAUUGAAGGCGAGUGUCUUGAAAACGACAGAGACGAACGGUUUCAUGCCGAAUGUUUAAGAUGUUUCCGGUGUCAGAACCCAAUUCGCGAGGAUUACUAUUUGUUCAAUUACGAGCUGCCUCUAUGCCACAAUCACGACAUUGAAGCUCUCAAACUUGAAGCCUUGAGCGAGUUUGGAGACACCACCACUAUUUCUAAGAGAAGGACUAGGAUUGUCAAUUUCACUUAA